UCUGCCCCCGAUGCGUGGCGAGCGUCCAACACUGCAUAGAAAAAAACCAAACCCCCAAACGAACGGAGAACGAAGCAGACAUUCAGGAGCUGUAAGGGCGGAAGUUCUCUACUGCCCUCUCGUUUUGUCACGUCGUCCAGGUCCUUAGCACGAAGAGAACAUAGACACAACCAGACAUAGACGCGGACGCCAAUCUAACUGCGACCACGUAGCGUGACAUACCAGCAGCGACACCGACGUCAGAGUAACGCGGAAGCCGUGUUAGCUGCCCAGCGGUGUGCCUGCUGCUUCGUGUGAGAUUAGGCAUCAGGCAUUGGUUGGCUGCCCUGCAGGGGUCCUGGCUCCGGCGUGCUGCUGCAUCUGCUGCGUCCAUACACACGUGUGAGCUUCCGCCUGAGAGAGUGAUCUCCGGAUCAGUGUAAGCGGUGAUGGGCGGCCUGGAGCAGAAGAAGUAUGAGCGUGGCGCUGCCACCAACUACAUCACAAGGAAUAAGGCUCGAAAGAAGUUGCAGUUGAGCCUACCAGAUUUCAGACGCCUUUGUAUCUUAAAAGGUAUCUAUCCUCAUGAGCCCAAGCACAAGAAAAAAGUGAAUAAGGGGUCCACAGCUCCCCGGACUUUCUAUCUCUUAAAGGAUAUAAAGUUUCUGCUUCAUGAGCCUAUUGUGGGAAAAUUCAGAGAGUACAAGGUGUUUGUGCGUCGUCUGCGCAAAGCAUAUGGAAAACAGGAAUGGGAUGCAGUAGAUAGAAUUAGAGACAACAAACCAACAUAUAAAUUGGAUCACAUCAUCAAGGAGAGGUACCCAACUUUUAUUGAUGCUCUCCGAGACAUGGAUGAUGCUCUCUCCAUGAGUUUUCUCUUCUCCACCUUUCGGCGCACUGGGAAGUGCCAUGUGCAGACGAUACAGCUCUGUCGUCGGCUUUCUGUAGAAUUCCUUAAUUAUGUCAUCGCUUCCCGUUCUCUGCGCAAGGUGUUCCUGUCUAUAAAAGGAAUCUAUUACCAAGCAGAGGUCUUGGGACAGACUGUGACCUGGAUCACCCCAUAUGCUUUUUCUCAUGAUCACCCCACAGAUGUGGAUUACAGGGUUAUGGCUACUUUCACAGAAUUUUAUACAACUCUUCUUGGGUUUGUCAACUUCCGCCUCUACCAGACGCUUAAUCUACAAUAUCCCCCCAAGAUGGAUUCUCGUUCAGAUGCAGAACUAAAGGUGGACGACGAGGACAAAUAUGCUCUAGAGUCUGAGGCUUAUAUGGAGAAAUUGGCAGCUCUUAGCGCCAGCCUGUCCCGUGCCAUUCCAUCUGAGCCUGAAGAUGACGUGGAGGCCGAUGAAUUCCCUGCAGAUACAGAGAAUACAAGCCUUCAGGAGGAGCAGCAAAAGCAGCAACAAGAGGAGGAGAAACACAAGUCAUUAUUUGUAGGCCUUAAGUUUUUCUUGAACCGGGAGGUGCCUAGAGAGGCUCUAGCCUUUAUCAUCCGGAGUUUUGGAGGAGAAGUGUCAUGGGACAGCUCACUCUGUAUUGGGGCAACGUAUGGCAGCUCAGACACUUCCAUCACACAUCAUAUUGUGGACCGACCCAACGUACAACCUCAGAUUAUCAACAGGUAUUACAUACAACCACAGUGGCUGUUUGACAGUGUGAACGCCCGCUUACUCCUGCCUGUUGAAGACUAUUUUCCGGGGGUACUUCUGCCUCCCCAUCUCUCACCAUUUGUUGUAGAGAAGGAAGGUGACUACAUUCCCCCAGAGAAACAGCGGAUACUGGCACUGCAGAGAGGAGAGCGAAUUGAAAAAGAGGAGGAGGAGGAAGAUAAUGAGUCUGAAGAAGAGGAGGAGGAGGAGGAGGAGGAGGAAGAACAGGAUGAUGAUGAUGAAGAGGAGGAGGAUGACAACAGUGAUAAGCUGAAGGAGAUGGAACAUAAAAAGCUUGGAGAAAAGAAGCUGAAUGUGAAAGUGACCGCUGGCACAGUAAAGGUAGAAGACCGAGCACGAGCUGCUGAAAGAGAGAAGAAUGAGGAGAAACGCCUGGCCAUCAUGAUGAUGAAGAAGAAGGAGAAAUAUCUCUACAACAAAAUCAUGUUUGGCAAGAAGCGUAAAGUCAGAGAGGCCAACAAGCUGGCAAUGAAGAGGAAAGCACAUGAUGAAACUAGCAAAGCUGAACGCAAGAACAAGAAGUCAAAAAAGCAAUGAGUGGUCAGCCUGUAAAGAGAUUGCAUCUGAAAAUAAUAUUACCAUACUUUUUAGUGACCGCUUUCAGGGCUCUCCCUGACUGUUCAGACUAUAUUCAAGCUGUGGACGCUGGUGACUCAACGUGACCAUGAGAAACUGCUGGUCAAGGGCUUUUGUUUUCAAGACUGUGAGAGCGUCCAAUGUACUGUGUCCCAUGUCACUUGCACCUUCACGCUUGGUCAUUACAGUUAGCAGGAGGCUGGAUACGGCUAUCCUGUUUGAACCUGCAAUAUAGACUUUGUGCUGUGUAAACCAAUGUGCUUGGAUGACAUCACAGCAGGUAAUGCUAGCAUACGAAAGUGUCACAUGGUAUUCGUUGAGGAUAUCUAUAUUUCAUAGUGGUGGAACCAUUUUAGUUAUUUACAGUUUAGUAUUUCUCCUGGUUUAUAGUAAAUUUGAAUCUGCGUUGACUAAGGAAAGGGUUUAAAUGAAUUACCUUCUAACCCCGUUCAUUCCUUUUCCUGGAAAGAAUUGAUCCGAUGUUUGUACAAAUGUAAAAAAAAAAAGUAACAUUCUGAACCAGAUGGCACCUGUUUAAUAAACAUAUUUCUGUAUAA